AACCUGGACGUAGACGUGGACCUGGACGUGGACCUGGACGUGGACGUGGACGUGGACUUGGACGUGGACGUGGACGUGGGACAUGGACACGUGGACGUGGACGUGGACGUGGACGUGGACGUGGACGUGGACAUGGACGUGGACGUGGACGUGGACGUGGACGUGGACAUGGACGUGGACGUGGACGUGGACGUGGACGUGGACAUGGACAUGGACGUGGACGUGGACGUGGACGUGGACAUGGACGUGGACGUGGACGUGGACGUGGACGUGGACGACAUGGACGUGGACAUGGACGUGGACGUGGACGUGGACGUGGACAUGGACGUGGACGUGGACGUAGAAAUGGACGUGGACGUAGACGUGGACAUGAACAUGGACGUAGACGUGGUCGUGGACGUGGACGUGGACGUGGACAUGGACAUGGACAUGGACAUGGACGUGGACGUGGACGUGGACGUGGACAUGGACGUGGACGUGGACGUCGACGUGGACGUGGACGUAGACGUGGACGUGGACGUGGACGUGGACGUAGACAUGGACGUGGACAUGGACGUGGACUUGGACGUGGACGUGGACAUGGACGUGGACGUGGACAUGGACGUGGACUUGGACGUGGACGUGGACGUGGACGUGGACAUGGACGUGGACGUGGACGUGGACGUGGACGUAGGCGUGGACGUGGACGUGGACGUAGACGUGGACGUGGACGUGGACGUGGACAUGGACAUGGACGUGGACGUGGCAUGA